AUGAAAAUGCUCCUGGUCCGCAAGUUCCGGGUGCUGAUCCUCAUGGUGUUCCUCGUCGCCUGCACCAUGCACAUCAUGAUCGACCUGCUGCCGCGGCUGGAGCGGCGGGGGACCGAGGGCCGCCCCGGCUGCUCCUGCCCGCCGCCCGCCGCCGCGCCGCCCCGCGCCGCCCCGCGCUGGCCCAGCAAGCACACGCUGCGGAUCCUGCAGGACUUCAGCGCCGAGCCAGGCUCCAAUCUCUCCUCGCAGUCGCGGGAAGCGGCGGAGCGGGCGGCGGGCGGCGGUGGCGGAGCCGGUGCGGACGGCGGGGGGGCGGAGGGGUCGCGGACGCGGCGGCUGAUCCCCCCCGGGGCACCGCGCCCGCCGCCCCCCGCCGCCGCCGCCGCUGCCCCGCUGGCCGCCCUCUUCGAGCACCCGCUCUACCGCGUUGCCCUGCCCCCGCUCGCCGACGGCGACCUCCUCUUCAAUGUCAACAGCGACAUCAGGUUCAACCCGCGGGCGGCCGAGCAGACCGAGUGGUGAGUACCGGGGCGGGGGCGCGAUAAUGAAGAAUUUUUGCCAACUGGAGAAACCUCCAUAGACUCCUACCCAAACUGGUUAAAAUUCCACAUUGGCAUUAAUCGGUACGAGUUGUAUUCCAGACAUAAUCCUGCAAUUGAGGCUUUACUACAAGACCUGGUCUCCCAAAAGAUAACCAGUGUUGCGAUGAAAUCAGGAGGCACCCAGCUGAAGCUGAUCAUGACGUUCCAGAACUAUGGGCAGGCAUUGUUCAAACCAAUGAAACAAACCAGAGAACAAGAAACCCCGCCUGACUUUUUUUAUUUCUCAGACUAUGAGAGACAUAAUGCAGAAAUAGCAGCAUUCCAUUUGGACAGGAUCCUGGAUUUCCGACGGGUGCCCCCAGUUGCAGGCAGGCUUGUAAACAUGACGAGAGAAAUACGAGACGUUACCCGGGACAAGAAACUCUGGAGAACGUUUUUCAUCUCACCAGCCAACAACAUCUGCUUCUAUGGGGAAUGCUCCUACUACUGCUCAACAGAACACGCCCUCUGUGGAAAACCAGAUCAGAUUGAAGGGUCUCUGGCUGCUUUCCUCCCUGAUUUGUCUUUAGCUAAAAGGAAAACCUGGAGAAACCCUUGGAGACGUUCCUACCACAAGCGCAAGAAAGCAGAAUGGGAAGUUGAUCCAGAUUAUUGUGAAGAGGUUAAACAAACACCCCCCUAUGACAGUGGGACCAGAAUCCUGGAUAUAAUGGAUAUGACAGUUUUUGAUUUCCUAAUGGGUAACAUGGAUCGACAUCACUAUGAAACCUUUGAGAAGUUUGGAAAUGAAACAUUUAUUAUCCACUUGGAUAAUGGAAGAGGGUUUGGAAAAUAUUCCCAUGACGAACUUUCCAUAUUGGUGCCUUUAAACCAGUGCUGCAGAAUAAGGAAGUCGACCUAUCUGCGCUUACAGUUGUUAGCCAAGGAGGAAUACAAACUCAGUCUCCUGAUGAAGGAAUCUUUACUAAAAGAUAAAAUAGCUCCCAUUCUCUACCAGCCUCACUUGGAGGCGAUGGACAGGCGGCUGCGGAUUGUCCUCAAGGCUGUUAGUGACUGUAUAGAAAAGGAUGGCUAUGAGAAUGUGGUUGAAAAUGACUUUAACGCUGAGGUUAACACUGUCACGACCGAGAGGUAG